AUCCUCACACUAGCGAGAGUAUGGAUUGUGAGGCACCAGGAAUAUCGGAGAACAUACGGCAAUCCCAUGAUGGUAACGACUCCAACGGGUAUUAUCCCAUUUUCUAUCGCGAUCGCCUGAAAGAGAUUUGGAAAGAGGAAAGUCAACAAGCAUGUCUCCCUGAACGUGCGGAGGUAUUUCAACUGCUGCGUCAACAAGAGACUCGUACAAAUGGUCGCAAUUCCAAAUCGGAUGCACAGAAGCAUCAGGGCAUUGGAAAAGAUCAAUAUCAGAUAGACGCUGGCCAACGCGCAUUUGGUGCGAUACAAUGCAAUGAAUGCGGACUCACGUACUCCACCAACGAACCCGAAGAAGAGCUUUUCCAUGACCAAUUUCAUCGCUCGUUAGCGAAGAUGACAUUCCCUAGCUGGGCGAAUGAGCAAGUUGUUGCCCAGGUGCCCGAAUGGGACGUAACGGGUCGGAUCAUUGUGCUUUCGCAGGUCGAUAGCAACAGGCACUGGCUUAAGAAGAUACACCCCGUGUUGGAGGUAGUAGACAGCGAACUGGGAUACGCAACUCAAGGACAGAUUCCGGAGGGUGCUUGCGUAUACAUAGCCAUUGCCCGAUCCACGGUGCUUGGCGUGGCCGUUGUUCAACCUCUACAAUACGCAAACCGAAUGAUCUGCCUCGAGGGAUUGCACGGGGUGGCAAUAGACUGCUAUUCAUCUGAGUUUUAUACCGCCAAGUGUGGCAUAUCUCGUAUUUGGGUUGCCCCCAAGUACCGUCGUCGAGGAAUCGGUCGCAAAAUCAUGGCAGCAAUUCGGCGCCACUACAUAUUUGGCUAUGCGAUGAAAUACGAGGAGAUUGCUUUUGGUGCUCCCACAGAAGUAGGCAAGCUGUUUGCGGAAGCCAUUACUGAGAGAAAGGAUUUUCUUGUCUACGUUUAGAUUAUAUUUUGUGUGCCAGUCCUCGGGUAGCGUACGUGUGCACCAUUUCGUUAAGGCUACAUUUAUUUGUUUCGUUUUUAUCUCUUGUUUACCGUAAUCAAUAAAGUAUUCCUAGUUUAUUUCUACUCGCUAUGGAAUGGUGUAUG